ACAGCAGCCAGGCUGCCGGAGAGCUGAUCUCGGAGAUUCGGGUGCGGAGCCCUUGGCCUGGAGGCGAUAUGGGUGGUCCGUGGCCUGGUUCAAUCGUUUGCAGCCGCCUAGGGAACAGGCCUGUCUGGCCCUAAGGGAGCCCUCUUUCGAAGUGGUGGUGCUCGGAAGACCUGCUCUCUGCAUUGCUGGGCACCUGUAGGUGUCCCUCGAGAGCUCAGUUUUGAGGUUCAAGUCAGUGUGGCCAUGAAGGGGCUGCCUAUUGGGCUGAUGCUGUGACCCCGGAGUCUUCCUCUCCUGCCAGUCCCCCUGCCCGGAACAUGUGGCUGCAGCCCUCGCUGUCCCUGAGCCCCACGCCCACAGUUGGCCGGAGCCUGUGCCUCACCCUGGGCUUCCUCAGUUUGGUGCUGAGGGCCAGUACCCAGGCCCCGGCACCCACAGUCAAUACUCACUUUGGGAAGCUAAGGGGUGCCAGAGUACCAUUGCCCAGUGAAAUCCUGGGUCCUGUGGACCAAUACCUGGGGGUACCCUACGCAGCUCCCCCGAUCGGCGAGAAACGUUUCCUGCCCCCUGAACCACCCCCAUCCUGGUCGGGCAUCCGGAACGCCACACACUUUCCCCCAGUGUGCCCCCAGAACAUCCACACAGCUGUGCCCGAAGUCAUGCUGCCAGUCUGGUUCACUGCCAACUUGGAUAUCGUCGCCACUUAUAUCCAGGAGCCCAACGAAGAUUGCCUCUAUCUGAAUGUGUAUGUGCCCACGGAAGAUGGAUCCGGCGCUAAGAAACAGGGCGAGGACUUAGCGGAUAAUGACGGGGAUGAAGAUGAAGACAUCCGAGACAGUGGUGCUAAACCUGUCAUGGUCUACAUCCACGGAGGCUCUUACAUGGAAGGAACAGGCAACAUGAUUGAUGGCAGUGUUCUUGCAAGUUACGGCAACGUCAUCGUCAUCACCCUCAACUAUCGGGUCGGGGUGCUAGGUUUCCUGAGCACUGGAGAUCAGGCUGCCAAGGGCAACUAUGGGCUCCUUGAUCAAAUCCAGGCCCUUCGCUGGGUGAGUGAGAAUAUUGCCUUCUUUGGAGGAGAUCCCCGUAGAAUUACUGUCUUUGGCUCUGGCAUCGGUGCAUCCUGUGUCAGUCUCCUUACACUGUCUCAUCAUUCUGAGGGGCUUUUCCAGAGGGCCAUCAUCCAAAGUGGCUCUGCUCUAUCUAGCUGGGCUGUGAACUACCAACCAGUGAAGUAUACCAGCUUGCUGGCAGACAAAGUGGGCUGUAACGUCCUGGACACUGUGGAUAUGGUGGAUUGUCUUCGACAAAAGAGUGCCAAGGAGCUGGUAGAACAGGACAUUCAGCCAGCCCGCUACCAUGUGGCUUUUGGCCCUGUGAUUGAUGGUGAUGUCAUUCCUGAUGACCCUGAGAUCCUUAUGGAGCAGGGAGAGUUCCUCAACUAUGAUAUCAUGCUAGGCGUCAACCAGGGUGAGGGUCUCAAGUUUGUGGAAGGGGUGGUGGACCCCGAGGAUGGUGUCUCGGGCACUGACUUUGACUACUCUGUCUCCAAUUUUGUGGACAAUCUGUAUGGCUAUCCUGAGGGUAAGGACACCCUGCGGGAGACUAUCAAGUUCAUGUAUACGGACUGGGCAGACCGAGACAACCCUGAGACCCGCCGUAAAACACUGGUGGCACUCUUCACUGACCACCAGUGGGUGGAGCCUUCAGUGGUGACAGCCGAUCUGCACGCCCGCUAUGGCUCACCUACCUACUUCUACGCCUUCUACCAUCACUGCCAGAGCCUCAUGAAGCCCGCAUGGUCAGAUGCAGCACACGGGGAUGAAGUGCCCUAUGUUUUUGGUGUCCCUAUGGUAGGUCCCACUGACCUUUUCCCCUGCAACUUCUCCAAGAAUGAUGUUAUGCUCAGUGCUGUCGUCAUGACCUAUUGGACCAACUUUGCCAAGACCGGGGAUCCCAACAAGCCGGUACCCCAGGAUACCAAGUUCAUUCACACCAAGGCCAACCGCUUUGAGGAAGUGGCCUGGUCCAAAUACAAUCCCCGAGACCAGCUCUACCUUCACAUCGGGCUGAAACCAAGGGUUCGUGAUCAUUACCGGGCCACAAAGGUAGCCUUUUGGAAACACCUGGUGCCCCACCUGUACAACCUGCAUGACAUGUUCCACUAUACAUCCACGACCACCAAAGUGCCGCCCCCGGACACCACCCACAGCUCCCACAUCACCCGUAGGCCCAACGGCAAGACCUGGAGCACCAAGCGGCCGGCGAUUUCACCUGCCUACAGCAAUGAGAAUGCCCCUGGGUCCUGGAAUGGGGACCAGGAUGCGGGGCCACUCCUGGUUGAGAACCCUCGAGACUACUCCACUGAAUUAAGUGUCACUAUCGCUGUGGGGGCCUCCCUCCUGUUUCUCAAUGUGUUGGCCUUUGCUGCCCUCUAUUACCGUAAGGACAAACGGCGCCAGGAGCCCCUGAGGCAGCCUAGCCCCCAAAGGGGAACUGGUGCCCCUGAAUUGGGAACUGCUCCGGAGGAGGAGCUGGCAGCAUUACAGUUGGGUCCCACUCACCAUGAAUGUGAGGCCGGUCCCCCACAUGACACACUUCGCCUCACAGCACUGCCCGACUAUACCCUGACCCUGCGGCGCUCCCCUGAUGACAUCCCACUCAUGACUCCCAACACCAUCACUAUGAUUCCUAAUUCCCUGGUUGGGUUGCAGACCUUGCACCCCUAUAACACCUUUGCCGCAGGGUUCAACAGUACUGGGCUGCCCCACUCACACUCCACUACCCGUGUAUAGCUCUAUCCCGGAGCACAGCCCAUCUCCCAGCUCCCUCCCUCCCAGAUCCACAAACACACAUGCACACACAUACACAUAUAUGUACACGCACGCACCCACACCCUACAGCAGACCCAUCUGCAUAAACACAGACAGAUGUGGACAUGCACCCGCAUGUACAAAAACACAAAUCCAGACGUGAACCUGAAUAGGCCCUUCAAAUGGGGACACAUACGAGUCCUUGGUACCAAGGGCCCAUGGAACAGCAGCUGGAACCAGCUCCUUGAGCCCGACCACAGACACUCCUGGGGCCCUGGAAGCCACAGCCGGACACCCCCUUGGUGCUUGCCUUCUCGGAACUGCACCUCUACCAACUGCAGACUCGGGAGCUUUAAAGAGCAGGAUAGCUCUUCCUCCCCCAGACUUGGUCUUUUCUCUGGGUCUUGUUUUUGUUGAUUUUUUUCAUUUUUAAAUUGGAACCAAUGCUUUUCCAACCCAUUGAGUGCUAAGCAGCUCUGGAAGGGAGGGCUCCAAGAUCAGGACGCUCUGGCUCUGGGACUCCCAAUGUUCAUACAAUCAGACCAAGGAGAAGGACCUUCCAAGACAGUGACAGAUGGGCACAAGACUAUGGGGUAAGAGGAGGAAGAGGCUAGCAAUGGAUGGGGCUUGAGGGCCAGCAAGGACAGAGCACCAACUGGCUCUGGGCCUCCCAGAGAGGACUACAGAGCCUACAGGGUGACCUGCUUCUGCAAAGGCCAGCAGCAGCAGCCUGCCUGGAGAAGCCUAGGUUUGAUGAACUAAGUACUGUGGAGGCCCUGACCUUAUUGGGCCCCUGGGUAUAUAAUCUGGGUUCUGCCUCUGCCCUUGGGGACAUGAUAUCAGAAAUUUGCCCCAUUUUCUUUACAGUCUCUUUGUGUCUGUCAUUUCUCUUUCAAAACAACAGUGUUUUGGUUUUUUUUUUUUUUUCGGUUGUUGUUGGCUUUUUUUUUUUUUUUUUUUUUAAGAAAAGUUCUUAAAACACUAACGGAAACCCAUGGAGUUUGUCCUUUGUAAAAAUUUUAAACACAGUGUCUUGAUAUAAAAAUAAAAAAUCCAGUUAGCACUCCCAA